AUGCCCGCUCGACGUUGGACAACAAAUGAGGAGUGCGACUUCCUCGAGAAGAAGUAUGGCGGCUAUCUCAAGAGUCAGAAGACCAGGAGUCUACGGAAGUUCUGGGUCGAGCUGGAUCACGAGUGGUUCCAACUCUUCUCUGAGCGCAAGAAGUUGUUUGGUGAGAUAGCCAAUUUGACUAGCGAACAGGAUGCACAGUACACUACGGCGAUUAAGGAUCGUAAAAUUCAACUGCGCUCCUGGUUUCGAAACAGAUCUGCCAAGGCUCGGCGUCACGAUGGAGGGAAAUUCCCUGGCAGCUUUGACUACUAUGACACUAAGGUCCGACCUUCUGUCAAGAAGGCCAUCGCAGAACAGUCACUCGGGCCAAAACAGACACUCGCUGUCAUCAAGUCACUGACAGACAAAGCGUUUGCCGAAGAAGAUGACACCAUCAAAGCCGAGAUUCAAGCCGAAUUUGAAGCACAGCUUGAUGUUCGCGAUGAGGAUGGUGAAGGAUUGGGGGUUAUGCCCAUGCCUGCAGCGCGGCAACACAUGCUCGAAUUCCUUCCCUCCAUGGUGAGGAAGCUUCUCGAAGAACUCGCAGAGAAGACUGGAUGGUCUUUCAGCAUCAUUGGCGGUGGGCCUUGCCCUGAGGAAGACGGAGAUAUCAGGACAUUUUCUUACCAUCACGGGAAGACAGCUGUCGGCCACCACUUUGGAGACGUCCAAUCCGACUUCAAGAAUCAGGUUAUCAAACCUUAUAUCGAGUUCCUCAAUGUGGUUUACCCGGCUGAGGUUCGAGCAACCUUCGCACUGCAUGCAUCGGCUGAUGAUCCGGAUGAGGAGGAGGAUGUCCAAAGCGAGCUGAACGAUGAUCGCCUCUCUCAGCUCGAUGGAAAUGACUCACAGCAGGUCCUGGAUGAUAUAGAACUCGACAUGGAUGCUGACCUGGACACUGCCCCUAUGUCAGAUGAAGAUGGCAACCACGAGUCAGCGGAAAAUGAUGGCAUAACUCAGCUCGAGGAGUCUGCAGCCUUAUCGGGCGAUGAGACUGCCACUUCCGUAAACCCUGCGAUUUCGUUCCCGCUGAUGGAAGAAUCAGAUCGUACGACAUUCUCAGUGCAGCACCCCAUUUCAGUUCCCUCUGUUGCUCAGGUUGACAUGCCUCCGCCGGCAUCUAACGCACUGGGUCUCGAAGAGGUCAUGCCUUCUCAUCUGUUGAUGACGGUGUCCUCAGUCACUCCGAGUACCAACUACGCUGCUCCUGCACAAAUCCCUUCUGCUUCCACAGCAAUGCUGCAGGGCCCACCACAUGCUCAUCCUACUACUGAGCAGGCCCAAGCCUAUCAUGUGCGCUACUGGAAUCAACAGUCGGUGGCACCGUGGACGUCAGCAAAUUGCAAUGGUAUGCUUAUGGAGAUGACAAAUAUAGACCUCGACAACGCCUACGACGUCAACUUCAAUUUCGACUUCACAAACUUCUCACACACCGAAAUACUGCAAGUGCCCCUGUUUCCGCCUCCAACGGUUGCAACCUCGGCAAUUGACAAUGCCUCGCUCAUACAGGCACCAGCCACCCCAGGCUUAUCUGCAGGGUCCAGUACAGUCUCAUUUCCCACAAAUCUUCUGCUGUCGUCGCUUUCGCCCUUGUCAGUACCGAUCAUUCCAGCUGCUGCAUCUCCGGCGAUGCAGAUUCCAGCUUCCACCUCAGAGUCUCAGGUGGACAUCUCCAUCAGCCUUGAUGCGACUGCAUCAUCUGUGCAGGUGUCAUGCGAGCAGCAAGUCGAUGCCGCUACCCCCGCAGUGCCUUCCCCUGUGACUGCCAACCAUCCCCAUGCUAACUCUGAUGCCCCCAGCCGCCCAAGACGUCAGAAAAAGAAACCCGCAUGA